AAUCGACAUAACUGCAGCCAAAUGAAAUUGGUAGUUGAAAUUGUAAAAAUUCUUAUAAUGAAACCAACAUCCGGAGAAACCAUUAGAGCUUGGCUUCUGUCAGCUCUAAUGGUACACGGCGCAGUUGCUGGGAACCCAGAUGCCAAAAGACUGUAUGAUGAUCUUCUGAGUAACUACAAUAAAUUGGUCCGCCCUGUUGUUAAUACCACAGAUGUUUUGAAAGUCUGUAUAAAGCUAAAACUUUCCCAACUCAUCGAUGUAAACUUAAAAAAUCAAAUCAUGACGACAAAUCUUUGGGUAGAGCAGUCUUGGUAUGACUAUAAGCUGAGAUGGGAACCUAAAGAAUAUGGCGGAGUCCAUAUGCUCCAUGUUCCUUCUGAUCAUAUCUGGAGGCCUGAUAUUGUUCUGUACAACAAUGCUGAUGGUCAUUAUGAAGUGACACUUAUGACAAAGGCAAUAGUCUAUAGUAAUGGACUGGUGAUUUGGCAACCACCUGCCGUCUAUAAGUCUUCUUGUUCAAUCGAUGUUGAAUAUUUUCCCUAUGACGUACAGACGUGCAUCUUAAAAUUAGGAAGUUGGACCUAUGAUGGUUUUAAGGUGGAUCUUAGACAUAUGGACGAACAACAGGGAAGCAAUAUAGUCGAUGUUGGAGUGGACUUGUCUGAGUUCUACAUGUCUGUCGAAUGGGACAUUCUUGAAGUGCCAGCUGUAAGAAAUGAAAAAUUUUACACAUGUUGUGAUGAACCUUACUUGGACAUUACAUUCAACAUAACAAUGCGUAGGAAAACUCUUUUCUAUACUGUUAACAUUAUAAUUCCGUGUAUGGGUAUAUCAUUUUUGACUGUUCUAACAUUCUAUCUACCAUCAGACAGUGGAGAAAAGGUGACGUUGUCUAUUUCAAUUCUUAUCAGUCUUCAUGUGUUCUUUCUUCUGGUUGUCGAAAUUAUACCUCCUACAUCGCUAGUAGUUCCCCUGUUGGGAAAAUAUUUAAUAUUUGCCAUGAUUUUAGUAUCUAUCAGUAUUUGCGUAACAGUGGUCGUACUUAAUGUACAUUUCCGUUCUCCACAAACACAUCGAAUGGCACCGUGGGUAAAGCGAGUUUUUAUAGACUUCUUACCCAAAUUUCUUUUUAUAAGAAGACCUACAUAUAACUUCGAAACAAGUAAACUACUUUUAAAGGACACUCAUGCCUGUUUUUAUCCGUAUUAUUCAUCUACCAACAUUGAUCGCCUUGUUAAAUCCACUUGUACCCACACACCAUCAAAAGAAGAGCUAACAUCACAAAGCUUAACAGGCACAGGUCCGUUUGGAGGAAGUUGCCAGGUCCAUGGACCACAACCCACCUUAACACAUUGUAGUUCUGAUGACUUAACAGCAGUUCCUGAUUUAGAUAUUGGAUCUUCAGGAAUAAAAAGUCCAAUUUUGAAUAACCCAGCUUUUUCUCAUUCAAAAUGUCCGCCAAGAGUUCAUCGUAGCUGCUUCUGUGUUCGGUUUAUAGCAGAGCAUACAAAAAUGCAGGAGGAUUCAACAAAGGUUAAAGAGGAUUGGAAAUAUGUUGCUAUGGUCUUGGACAGACUCUUUUUAUGGAUAUUCACUUUAGCUGUUUUAGCUGGUACAGCUGGUAUUAUCUUACAGGCGCCUACACUUUACGAUGACCGCAUUCCAAUAAUCGAACAAAAAGAUCUUGAUUUUUCUGGAACAUCAGCUGGACGUUGCAGGCCUCCACAAUAACAUUUUUACCGGUACCAGAAUCAGUAAACAUGAACUGGACAUCUUGGAAGAUAUUGUAGAUUACAUAGUUUACUAUACCUACUUUUUUUAAGGUUUGUUUCAUAAUAUCCCAAUAAUUCAUAUAUUCAAAUGUAACUUCUCUACCGUUUUAUACUCUGCACCCGAAGGUCUUAACAGCCUGAAGUAUACAUAUUGUAUAUUAUUCAUCAGUACCAAAAGGGAAGUUGAUCCACCCAUAUCCGUGUGUGGAUGAACACUUGGAUGUUAUAUGUAGAUUCAUCUUAUUCCUAGAUAGACGAUGUAGUUCGCAAAACUUUUCGCACUGAGCCAAUUUUUAUGGUUAUAUUCAAGUAAUGUUGACAAAGUGAGCUGCUUGAGUUUGCAAAGAUACACAUACAGUACUUAUAAUUGUUAAGAAUUAAACGAAAUGUUAGUUCUACAAGUUUCUAGUUAGACGAUGGACAGGGUCGUAUUGGUCAAGGACGAAUGCUUUUAAGACACGACAGGUAUUAUAUUAUUGGAGAUGAACACCAUUAAAUGUAAAGUACAAGCAUGGAAAAAAGCAUAGGUUUAGCGUACUGUUUAAUAAUUGGAUGGCAACAUCAAAAUAUUUACACAGACAAAAUGUUGACAAGUCAGCUUGAGAUGAAACUUUUUUAAAAGAAACCCUUGUCGCGUAAUAACCGCCUUAUACACACGUAAUAAGCGAAACAAUUUUUCGACAGCCAGAAGCAAAAAGGGGAGGGGAAACAAAUCUUUAGGACAGGCGACCGAACGCACAGUAAAUAACAUAAAUGAGUGUAGUUCUAGGGCAAAAUUUUUCCGCUAAUAACGUAGCAACGUUUGGCUUAUGUAGCGUUGGAGCGGAGGACAAUAUUGACGACAUAGUUUAGAGGGAAACAUCAAAAAAUAAACUCGUGUAGUCUACAUAUGAAGACGUCUCUGAAAUUCAUGCGCUAAUUCAAACAGACAGACUUGGCUAGAUACAUUUAUAUUUUCAUAUGAUGAUGUGCUUCCUUUUGCCUUUUACUUACUGUUUUCCAUUCGGGUUCAGAGUAUAUAGAAGUAUAUAACAAGUAUUAACUGCACUGGUACA